CUUAUACUGCUCAAGAUUAUUACCGUUUGAUCAGAAGUAUGGCUCUGAGAACGAAUGAACGAGUGAGAAAGAAGAACAAGAGAACAUGGUGUUCGCGCUAGUUUCUUCACCUUCGUGAAUUCUCAAAAAUCAAGGUUAGAAGACAAUAACUGCCAAGUUGUGAGAGAAGAAAAAAGUGAGCGAAACUGAGAAAACAUAGGAAAGAUAGAGAAAGAGAGAGAGAGAGCGAGAGAGGAAGAGGAAUAGGGGGAGAGAGAGAGCGAGUGAGGGCAAUAGAGAAAGAGAAAACGAGUGAGCGAGUACGAGGAGACGCGACUGACGCGAAAGUAGAGAUUUGAUUAUUCUUCUUCGUGUAAGGAGGAAAAGAAUUCGGGUGUUUAUUUCAUUUGUGAUUCAUAACAAGAGAAAAGUUACCCAACCUCAACAUCGGCUGGAGAGAGACACACCUGCGGCGCUCCAAUGCAUUGUCGAAUGUUUAUCAGAUGAAAUUUAUACUUGACGAGAUUUGCCAUGAGUUCCGUCCAAACUUUCUAAGGUUAGCAGAUAAAAUGAUGGAAGAAUCUAAAUGAUGGAUAACAAGGUGGGAAACUUCCAGGACCUAUGCUCUACGCAUUGAUGGGUAUAUGCUUUUCCUGUAGGAGACCCUCUAGCAGUCGGCUGAAUAAUAAAAUUUCUGAGCACAUAUCGGCAUCGGUAACCCCGCUCCAUGUUUGUCUGGAGGAACAAAGAGGACCAGAACUGGGUUCGUGUGACGCCGUGGCCAGUGGGACACAGCAGGUUAAAAGUAGCCGUGAUCAUUUGGGAGAAACGGUUAGCAUUAAAUCGUGGGAAACGGAGAUAGAAUCUACUCGAGUUGAAUCAGACGAGUGGAUUCAGCCAAGCAUGGCAAAUACAAUCAGUAAUAUAAAAAUGACAAACCCCAUAAAGGGGUUAGUAAGUAAACGUCGCAAACGUUUCACAGAGGAUGGAUUUGACCUUGAUCUCACUUAUAUUCGUGAUAAUCUUAUAGCAAUGGGCUUUCCUGCCGAGAAACUUGAAGGUGUAUAUAGAAAUCACAUUGACGACGUGGUAAAAUUUUUGGAGUCAAAACAUAAAGAUCACUACAAAAUUUAUAAUCUUUGUUCAGAGCGAUCAUAUGAUUAUAAAAAAUUUAAACAAAGAGUUGUAACAUAUGCAUUCGAUGAUCAUAAUCCGCCCAAAUUGGAGCAAAUAAAACCUUUUUGUGAAGAUGUUCACGCAUGGUUAUCCGAAGAUUGUAAAAAUGUCGCUGCUGUACAUUGUAAAGCUGGCAAAGGUAGAACUGGUGUUAUGGUUUGCUGUUAUCUACUUCAUACAAAACAGUUUUCCACUGCCGCGGAUGCUUUAAAUUUUUAUGGAACUAAAAGAACGACUGAUCGGAAAGGAGUAACGAUUCCUUCACAACGGAGAUAUGUCAGUUAUUAUGCGUCACUUAUCCAAGAAGGGCUUCAUUAUCAACCUGUUCCUCUGAUUUUAAGAAAAAUUAUAUUAGAUCCUGUUCCGAUAUUCAACGGCAAUCAAGGAUAUUUACAUUUUGUGAUAUCACAGGAAAACAAACGUAUUUACUCUUCUGAAACAGUUGAAAUAAAAAAGGGAAUGUCAUCAAUUAGCAUUCCUUUAACUCAUCAUGUUUUGUUGACGGGUGAUGUUCGUGUAGAUUUUUUUAAUAAGAAACCAAAAAUAAAAAGAAAAGAAAAAAUGUUCCAUUUUUGGUUUAACACAUUCUUUGUACGUGACAAUACACCAAUGGAAUAUGAAAACGGUGAAUUACCCGUAGAACGUUCUACAAGAGCAUUAAGUUGCGAUGGUACAGCAAUGGAACUGCCAAUGGUAACAUCAAAACCGAGAACAAGUUCAUUGGCUAAUCUUGGUCAAAUGUCGCCUACACUUAUUUUAGACAUUAAUAAAUUGGAUCUAGAUGAUGCGCAUAAAGAUAAAUAUCAUAAAUUAUAUGCUAAUAAUUUUAAGGUGACUUUGGUAAUGCAUCGACAAUGGGAAGGAACUGGCAGUGGCAUACCACAUACAGUGCCAGCAAUAGUGCCCAGACCUGAUGAACAAAUUGGUAUAAGUGGACAUGAGAGUCCAAGUGAAUCGAGUGAUGCAGAUAGUAGUGAAUGUGAUACAACAGGUGAUGAAGAUGGAUGGGAAUCAGGUGAGUCUUCAGUAUUUCUGAUGGCAAAAUCACAAGCACUUUUAAACAGCAUUAAUCGCACUACACACGAUCAAAAUUUUCAACAUCUUCAUGAUUAUAAUCAACAAAAAAUACAACAAACAACAACUACUCCAACAGCCGCAACAACAAUAACUACAAAAACACCACAGAUUUAGUUUAAAAUAGUUUAUUUAUCAGGGAUUUAUAUUUCGUAUUUAAUAAACAAAAAAGCGGGCAAAGUGCUUCAAUUUCAUAAAAAUUUAUUUACAUUCGCACCGCCAUGGCUAUCCAUGAUUCUUUUUUCUCAAACAAUUUUUAAUAGCACACAUCAUAUGUAUUUAUUUAACGAGCUCGCAGUACCACCGAGAUUUAUAUCUACCAAUUGCAUCUUAUUCUUAUUGUUACAAUGUAAAAUUUUUUUAUUAUCACAUAAAACUGUAAUGCAUGAAUUCUCGAAUGUAACUGCAUGCUAUCUUUUCCACAUUCAGUAAUUGGAUAAUCAUAAUAGCGUAUCUUAUAAUAUUACAACGAAAAGUUUUUUUGAUUGAAGUACAUAACGUCUUAUACGAUACUGGCCUGUCUAUCUUCAUUUGUGAUAAGACUGAUUUUCAAAACAAAAUUCAUCAAAUUAUAAAUGCUUUUAAGCUACUUGUACUCAAUCUAAAAACUGAUAUUUUUUUCUUUUCUUUUUUUUUAUUUUUUUAUGUGUAAUAUAAUGUUAAAAUUCACUUAUAACAAUAUUAAUUCCAUAAAUUAAUACAUAUGAUAAAUGAUGAUGUAAACAAUAAAUAAACUGCAGAGUUAGAUGAAAAUAAUUUUGUUAAUUUUACAUAUUAUUUAAAUUGUCGUUAUUUCAUCAACAUAUUAAAUUAAUUUAAUAAGUGAUUUGCUAUUACACUGCAUUAUACUGUUUUAAGCUUUAAGUUUCACGUUUUCAAAUAUUUUUAAGUAUCGUAACAUCAUAAAAAAUUCGAAUUUGAAUGGACUUUGAGUGUGUGAGUGUGAAAAUCGUGAAAGCAUACACCAAAUAUUUUAGGCAAAAUGUAUAGAAAAUUUUAUCUAUUGACACAACGAAUAUAAUUUUUUUGUCAAAAUAGAUGAAAUUAUUGCGAAAAAAUUAAACUGUGUAUGUAAAAGAAAAAAAAAA